AUGGAAGACAAAACCGGCGCCCCUGCGCCCGAUCCCGCAUUCCCGCAUUCACUUAUCAUCUCACUGCCGGUACCGUCAUGGCGCAUCGCCGAGACCAUCCAGCGAGCGCUCGCUGUCGACAAGGAGAUCUCGCCGUACGUGCAGCGGGAGUUUGAGGUUCCCGGCAGCGAGAAAGCUUCUUCACCGGUGGUGCUGGUGCACUACAAGGCGACGACGGCGAGGAUGUUGAGGGUGUCGACGAAUGGCAUCUUUGAGAGCUUGGGUACGGUGUUGAGGGUUUGUGAGGAGUUAGAUGUGGAUGUGCUGGAGAGGGAGUGA